CUGACAACGUUGGUUGCUGCCGGUCGCUGUGAAGGCUGGGGAUGAUGUGAUUUGCUGCUGAAUGGCAGCUGGGGCACUCUGUGGGGCAUUAUCCGCUGAGUAAGUAGCCGGAAACAUGGCCGGAGAGACGGGCGACCCCCUCAUGUACUUCAUCCUGACGGACGCCUUCUCGGCGGGGUCCCGGGUGACGGAGGCCGGCAGACUCUGCUGCGUGACCGAGGAGGAUUAUCUCCAGCAAGUGGCCGAGGACCAGCACCGGCCGCGCGGCUGUCUCAGUGUCACCGUGAUCGGCGACGACGCUGCGGGCGAGGUGGACGUCAACGCGCUGCAGCCCCUCCACAGAAAGAUGGCGUCUCUCCUGCUGGCGGUGGCCGAUCCCACCGAACGGCUCGGCUGCUUCCUGGAGAGGGGUCUCCUGGAGCAGGCCGCGCGGGCAGAGGUCGGGCAGUGGGUCCUGGUGGAACACGAGCGCCAGCUCUUCCCUGCCCUCCUGCGCCACGUGGGGAGCGUUCUGGACAGCAGCUCCCUACUCCCCCCCGUCUACUUUGGUGUCGAAUUAGAGGGCGAUGGAGAAGGAAGAGGGGAAAAUGAUGGAACCUACAAAGGAGUGACGUUCUUCAAGUGUAAAAAGAACAGCGGCCUCUUCCUGCCGUUCAACAAGGUCCUCUUCUCGGGAAGCCUGCAUGUGGACGAUGGGGAGAGGCAGCCCUCGCACGCCGACCAGCAGAGCUCCGUGAAUCCCGGGGAGAAAGUGGUGUACUACGUCGAGGACUCCUUGAAGCGAGGCACCAUUAUAGUUACGAGCGACGAGGCGUCUAACGGCUUCGUGGAGGUGCUACCGGAAGAGGGAUCUCCGGAAGGUCUCCUGAAGCUCCCCCUGGACUCGCUUCUGAAGGAGGAGGCUGUAUCUGGAGGUAACGAUAUCGUGGACUGGAACAUCAGCCCUGUCGCCGGCGGUAGCGGCCACAACGGCAGUGACCUUGCGCAGAGACCCCUAGAACUCUCAUCCGUGGUACAGAUUGAGUAUAAAGCGGGAGAGAUGAUCUAUGGGAUUAUUCGGUGGAUGGGUUAUCUGCCCAAUGUGGAGGAGGAGAUGGUUGGCGUGGAGCUGGAGGAAGACAAAGGGCACACGGAUGGAUGCUGGCAGAACCGCCAAUAUUUCGUGUGCCCACCCAAACGAGGCAUUUUUGUGAAGCUGAGAGCCUGCUGGCCCGACAAACGUUUCCUGAACAGUAGAGACCCCCCUGCGAAAAGCCCGGAGCAUGCGCCACGCGGUGAUUCUUGUUUGUCAGGUACAGAUGACAAAGUCAUGGAGGGGGUCCCACCAUUGCAGGGCACCGUUGCUGUAGAUGUUCUUCUGGGCAGAAUGAAAGGCAUCCAGGGUCACUGCAACUCCUGCUACAUGGACGCUGCCCUCUUCAGUCUCUUCUCGUGCAGCUCUGUCUUGGACUCUCUGCUUUUUAAACCGUCGUCCGUCCCCGACGGCCACAUCCAGCGGAUACUCCGGGAGAAGAUAGUGAACCCCCUGCGCAGGACCGGCUUUGUGUCGGCUGAGAGUGUGAUGGUUCUGCGACAGCAGCUGAAGCAGGAGAGUCGGUGCCCCAGCUUCACCACCUCCGAGAAAGACCCUGAAGAGUUCCUGAAUGUGAUCAUGAGCCGGAUUCUGGGCUUGGAGCCUCUCCUGAAGCUACAGUCUGAGGGCCAGAAGGUGCAGGAUUGUUACUGUUACCAGAUAUUCCUGGAGCAGCAGCCGGAGAUGACCGUGCCCAGCGUCCAGCAGCUUCUGGAACAUUCUUUCCACCAUUCUAACCUCAAGCUGGCCGAGGUCCCCUCCUGCUUCAUAAUCCAGACGCCCCGCUUCGGGAAGGAUUACAAGAUGUUCAGUAAAAUCAUCCCGUCGCUGGAGCUCGACGUCACCGACCUGCUGCAGGACAGCCCCAGAGAGUGCGUGGUGUGCGGGCGUCUGGCCACCCGGGAAUGUGCCGAGUGCUUCACCGACGUCAUCCUCUCGGACUCCGGCCUCAAGCAGUACUGCGACGUGUGCGCCAAACAGGUGCAUUCACAUCAGAAGCGCAGGAGUCACAGGUUAACGCAGCUCGGGGUCCCCGACGGCUUUGGGGAGAUGCGGAGCGAGGGUCCCGGCCACGUCCCACGAGAGACGCUCGAGCUGUUUGGCGUCUUGUGCAUCGAGACCAGCCAUUACGUCUCGUUCGUGAAAUACGGACCCGAGAAGGGAAGCUGGAUGUUUUUUGACAGCAUGGCGGAUCGUUACGGUGGUGAAGAAGGUUACAAUAUUCCGGAGGUCAGUCUGUGCCCAGAGGUGGCCACUUACCUGGCUGCUCCAUUGAGGGAUCUCUCCAAUCAGAACCCCAGGGAUAUGAGAGGCGUGGCCAAGCGACUCUUCUGCGACGCCUACAUGUAUAUGUACCAGAGCAGGCGGAUGGCCAUGUAUAAGUGACCCGCCGCGGGUGCCCAACGGCAUCACAGAGCCCUCCGUCCGGCGGAACGACUUACUGGCCCGGAAUGGGGCGGUGAUGGACAUGCGCGUCCUCUACAUGUAGCCGCCAUACUUGCGGAAUCAACCAAAGGAGGCUUCACACCAAAGUGGGCUUUAUUAUCCUAAUAAUAUGAAGGGGCGUCUGUGAAGUUUGCUAAUUUUUUAAUCGGCUGAGAAGUUUAAAUUAUAUUUUUAAUAUUUCCUGAAAAGCUGAUUAACCCUUCAUGGUUCUAUACCUGAAAAUACCCCCCCUUCAACGUACGGGUAACCCCAGACCCCUCCCAAUCCUCAUCGGACGCCCUUUCUUGUUCACCCAGCCUGGACACUCCUGUUUCGUUCACCCUGAUUGGAUGCCCCAGUUUUCAUCGAUCUCGCUAAAUUAUCUAGUCUCGCGCCCCCUGAUUGGAUGCUCCAGCUUCCAUUGUUCUAACUGGAUUAUCUUGUCUAGUUCACCCUGAUUGGUUGCUUCUGUUUAAAUAGUUCUGAUGAUAUUUUGUGGCGUGCACCCUGAUUGGAUGCUCCAGUGUCCAUUGUUCUGACUCAGUUACCUGGUCUCCUUUACCCUGAUUGGACGCCUCGUGUCUCUGUUGUCCCAAUGAGGUUGUAGCAGGAGGUCUGGAGACUGACGAGGCUUCUCUCGGGGAUGUGAGAUUUCUCCGUAUUGAUUAUCUGUGGCGGUUUUUCUCUCUCUACGUUUAUCGUUUAUUGGUUACCCGCUUUAUCGUUUCUCAGGGAUUUCCGAUGGAUAUUUUCCUUAUUUAAGAUGAAAUAAAAGACACAAAGUAA